CCUCAAUAUAGGACACAGGUCACAUUGGGUGAAACAGUACAGUAUACAAAUGCAUUAAAGAGUAACAGUUGCACAAAGACAUGUAACCUGGUUUCCUUUUUAGUGGUAGCAGGGGUGAGCGAGUGAAGGAGUUAACGGACACGUGUACCCGUGAGUCCAGCUUCAGUUAAAAAAAAAAAAAAAUCGCGAGUUUUGAACGACUCGUUCAUGUCUCGCACAUCUCUAUCACAAGCCGACGAGGUGCGCUGCUGCUUCUGCUUUUGGCGCGUGCGUCUCCUUAUUAUUUCACCGUGACACACUCUGUCAUUCAGUCAGUCAGAGCAUAGUCUAGAGAGAAGAGCAAGGACUAUCACAAACACACAAUUAUGUCGGGGGCCACGGAUGAUUUGACGUGUGAAGAGUGCUUUUCUGCACACUCAGCCAACAGCACAGAGGUGCAUCCGGCAUUCUCCACGGUGGACGACGAUGAACUUUUGAGAUACAUCUGGACGGAGUAUUUGCACCCCAAACAGUACGAGUGGGUUCUUAUUGUGGCUUACGUCAUCGUGUUCUUCGUGUCACUCAUUGGCAACUCCCUCGUUUGUUUUGCAGUGUGGAAAAACCGUCAUAUGCGCACGGUGACCAACUAUUUUAUAGUGAACCUCUCCAUUGCUGAUGUCUUGGUCACCAUUAUCUGCCUGCCUGCGAGUCUAGUGGUCGACAUCACAGAAACAUGGUUCUUUGGACAGACGCUUUGCAAAGUUGUCCCCUAUCUGCAGACCAUCUCUGUCUCCGUAUCUGUCCUAACGCUGAGCUGCAUUGCGCAAGACCGCUGGUACGCAAUCUGCCACCCUCUGAUGUUCAAAAGCACCGCCAAGAGAGCUUGCAAGAGUAUCGCAGUCAUCUGGGUGGUGUCAUGCAUCAUCAUGAUCCCUCAAGCCGUUGUGAUGGAGAGCAGCAGUCUGUUGCCGGCGCUCGCCAACAAGACAAGCUUGUUCACUGUGUGUGAUGAACACUGGGGAGCUGAGAUCUACCCUAAGGUGUAUCACAGCUGUUUCUUCAUCGUCACAUACUUUGCCCCGUUGUGUCUCAUGGUUCUGGCCUACAUCCAAAUAUGCCACAAGCUGUGGUGCCAACAGAUUCCUGGCAGCACGUCAGGAAUGCAGAGGAAGUGGAAAUCCAUGCAGUGCUCUGCUUCUACUCCCGGGCCGGGGGAGUCUGUGCGGGUCAAGACCAAUGCAGUUUGUGCUGAGAUCAAACAGAUCAGAGCACGCCGCAAGACAGCUCGCAUGCUGAUGGUGGUGCUCUUUGUUUUUGCUCUGUGCUACCUGCCAAUCAGCGUGCUCAAUGUCAUGAAAAGAGUAUUUGGGACCUUCAAGAACACAAAUGACAGAGAGACAGUGUAUGCUUGGUUUACUUUCUCCCACUGGCUCAUCUAUGCCAACAGUGCACUCAAUCCCAUUAUCUACAAUUUCCUCAGUGGAAAGUUCCGUGAGGAGUUCAAAGCCGCCUUUUCUUGUCAUUGUUACUGUCAAGACCAGAGAGAGAGACCGAAGAGGACGAGAGCCCGAAUGAGCACAGACAGCCGAAAGUCGCUAUCGACUCAAGUUAACCACACGGACAUAGUUUGUCACAUAUCGGAUCAGGUUGUAUAGUUUCGGCAGAGCAGCUGUUUGUGUUUACAACAAGCACUUGAAUGCAUCUCCCGCUAUUCUAUCGUCCUUAUUCUAAGCUGCCCUUACUUUGGGAACAAGCGUGUGCUGCCAGCCCGUCUUAUCUUGUUGUACCACCCUCCAAGAGACGAUGAUGAACCUCUGCAGUCAGAAUGUGCUCGAACCAUCCGCCAACGUGGAUGGUUCGUGGAUAGCUUCACCUCAGCCACCUCACACUGGAAGCUAAUUUUGUUGCUUUUGUUGUCAUGCAUCAUAUAUCUGUUGGCGACUCACAGAUCAACAUGACCCCCAAGACAAAUACACCUGAGCACAGUUGUUAUUUCUACAACAAAUGAUCUUGCAAUGGAGGAUCAGCGUGCUUACAUUUGCUCUUACAGUAUGUCCGGCCCUCACAUUGCAGCAACCAUUUCCUCACAGUACAUCUUCUCAUGGGACAAUAUUAAAGAAAUGAAACCUUAGAGUAGUCAGUGUACAGCUUUACUGUCUAGAGGUACUGCUUCAGAAUGUCACAGUACCUUUUGGAAUUCUUGUUCAUCUCAGUGCACUGCAGCUCCCCUGCACUCAUACAGCCCAGACCAUGACACUACCACCACCGUGCUUGACUGUAAGCAAGACAUAAUUAAGCUUAGUGCCCACUUGUAUUGCCAGCUAUUUAGACAAUCAAUUUUAAUUUUCAGUGGAUGGUAAAUCUGCACGUCUGUACAAGCUGUACACUGACUGCUCUAAAGUAAAUCCAAUUUUCCUUUCUAUAUUUUAUUUUCCCUUGUGUGUGAGGGGUGUACUAGUAGCAUUUACAUCUAUCUUCGAACUCAGCUCAGGUAAUACAAGUAUUGGUUUUAAGAGUGGGGUGCUAAGGGACGACACAUACGCUCCUUAGCAGUGUUGAGCAUCAGUGCAACCAUCUACCUCAAAGCAGUUCAGAUUGUAUUUCAUUCAAAAUGAGAAAUACUGAUAUAGUGAGAGUCAGUAAAACUAGAAUCAGAAGUCCUUGCAUGUCUGGCCUGCCUUUGACUAUUGUUACCUCAAAACGUUUUUAUUUUUAAAAAUUGAGACAUUUUAGUAUCAUACAGAGCAGCUGCAAAUUGGGACCUCAGUAAUCUUAAAAAUAACAACAUAACCUGAAAUGGAUUAUUUAUUAUUGUGUAUGACUGUUUGUCGUUCAUUACC